GCAGUUGUCUUUAAUAUUUUGCUACGAAAAGAACAGUCUUUCGAAAAAACGCAUCGCAUUGUUCGUUUCGCAUUUAGAAAUAUUCUUCUGCCAAGUGUUCUAAAAAAAAUUCUUUUAAAUUUGUCACAAACGAAAAAAGUGAAAUAAAAUAUUUUAAAUUAUUACUUAACAUUAUGUUUUUAACACAAAUACCAAAACAAUAUUCCAAGAUCUCUUUAAUCUCUGUGAUCUUCAUUAUUGUUUGCAUCAUCACCCACACCUUAGCCAUAACCAGACCUCUGGAUCGUAAUGCUUAUACGAUUUAUUACAACAAUAAACCCGCAGAUAAGGCGGGUCACUUUAAGUUCGAAUUUCAGACAUCGAAUGGUAUAACAACAAAAGCGGCGGGAAAUGAGCAUGGCUUUAGUGGUGUUGUCCAAUAUGUUUCUUUAGAGGGUUUACCCAUUACCAUGACAUAUGUGGCCGAUAGUGAUGGUUAUCAUCCGGAUGGUGAACAUAUACCAAAAAUACCAAAUCAUAUAACGAAAUCUAUAGAAUAUAUACGUACGCAUCCCGCCGUCGAUGAGAAGAAAUCACGUAAAAUGUAAGUUAGUUUUAAGGAUUAAGGAAAUCAUUAAGAUAUUAACUCUAAAGUUGUGGUGAAGUAUAUGUACAUUCUUAAUUAACAAUAUAUUUGUAAGAAUAUAUUAAACAGCUAAUUAAUCACAAACAGAUCAGAAUUUUCCCUCAAUCUGAUCCCAUUUCUAGACCUUGUUUAUUUGUAAUUGCAAUGUAUUCUCUUGUACAAUUUAGUUAGUCAAAUAUUUUUAAGUUUAUGUAUGUCUGUGUUCAAGUUCUUUAAUUAUACUUAAUUUAAUCACCUUUAGUAUAUUUAAAUUUUAUUACAAUUUAUUUUAAUUUAGAUAUAAUAAUAAAAUAACAAUAAACAAAAUACAAAAAAGAUUUAUAGCAUCAAUUACAAAUUGUUUAUUUCACUCCAAAAGAAAUUAAAUUUAAAUGCUAAUUUUAAAACAUAUUUCUUG